UGGAGUUCUGCUUCCACUAGGCUUCGAGCUGCGUGCCGCCGUUCGUGCCUGGCUCCAAGCGCCAGCACUGCAACGCCUUUCAGUUGGUGUUCCGGUUUCGGGUUGUGCUGUUCGUUGCCUUUUCCUCCUAAAUAACAAACGUGUCGUUUUCUCAUCCAUCUACAUACACACACAUAAACAUACAUACAAAUGUACAUACAAACGCAUGCACAUAUAAACAUACAUACAUAUAUGUGUAGCUGCAUACAAACGUUGCCAUACAAAAAAGGAUGUUAAAGUGCAAAUGAAGAAAAAAAACAGAGAAAAAUAUUGAAACAGUAAAUAUGGACAUUAAAAAGUGAAAGCAGGCUAAUUGAAACAUUUAUUUAAAUGUGUGUGUGUGUGUUAGUUAAACAAACAAAUUGGCAAAUAAAUGAAAUUGAGGUGUUGUGGAGAGAUGUGAAGUGCAGAAAACUAUGAAGGCUUUAAAUUAGUAAAACUCACGGACUUUCGAGAAACUCAUACGAAAUUGCGUACAUUUUUCAAAAUUUGGAGCUGCAUGAAACUAAUUUAUUUGGAACGCGCACAAAAAAAGGCAACGGACAUGAGGUGGACACAGAGUGACCAGCGGACACGCAGCAGUGAGUAGUUGAAAGAGAAAGAAAUAGCAAAGAAAUUGAAAAAAAAAAAUAAAUAAAAAAAUUAAAACAAAACAGCAAAUCACAGUGAAUGAAAAGGAGGAAAAUGCACGAAAUUAAGGCGACAGUGGGAGUGGGUAUGAAAGGCAGUGCUAAAAGUGAUGACUGAAAAAGCAACAAAAACAUAUAGCAUACAACUGAGGCAACUUAAACGAAGGAGUAUUGUGAAAACUGAAGCAAUUGCCGUGUGUGAAAACCGAGUGGUAAAUAAAACUAAAAACAGUUGAAAGGUUAAAGAAAUGAAAACAAAAUAAAAAAUUUUAAGUGUUGUUGGAAAUUGGCACAUAAAGCAAGGCAACAACACGCCGAACAGCAACAGCCUUUAUGUUAAAUUAAAAAUAAUAAAAAAAAAAAACAAAAAAUUGCGAACUUAAAAAAUUUUAAAUUAAAAACGAAAACGACGAAAAUAUUAAAAUUAAAAAAAAUAUUGGAAAACGCACAUUUGCAAUUGUGUAAAUAUAAAUUGCAAAACACUGUGAACCUUCACUCACUCAAAUUAAACUAAACAGAAAAUACGACUAAUGAAAAGCUGUGUUAAAUCGACCGAAAUGCAGAUUAUUUCUAUUAUAUAGAAAGAAAUUCCACAAAAAAUUAAUUAAAAUUAAUUGCAAACAGCAAGUGUCAUUUGCAGCUAACAACUGCGUCGCAUCUACGUUCUCAUUAAAUGGCGAUUACAUCAGCUCAAAGUAGUUAAACUAAACAAAUAUUAUGCAAAGUAAAGUAUAAACAAAUUGUAGUUGUAAUUUGCAAAGAAUCACGCACACAUACAGAAAAGUAAAUAUUAGCAUAAUAACGGUAUAAAUAAUAAUUAGAAAUUAAUUAAUGUCAAAUUUCAUACAAAAAACUAGCGGUUAAAUAAUUGUAAAUUAGUACACGUUAUCAGCGAGGCAAGCAAAAACAAAUAAUAAAAAAAUUAAAUAUUUCAGCAAAAAAAAAAAAAAUACAACAAAAACAAAAAACACUUUAUAAACAAACAACUUACAUAGCAGAUUUUGUGUAAUUCAGCGCAUUUAAAGUAAACACAAUAUUUACAUUGGCGAUUGUGAACGUACUAUUAAUUGAUAGCGAAAUUAAUUAAUGAAAUUAAAAACAUAAAUAAUAUUGUAAGUAAAAACACUUCUCAAUGUCCCUCUAUGGAAAUCCUCGCAUUUAAAGUUUAAUACCAAAAAAAUAAAAAAUAAUAUAAAUAAAAGUUCGCUAAAUUAAGGCAAAAACUACCGAAAUCAGCAGCAACGUACACGCACACAUAGUUACAUACAUAUAAUAUAAGCAUAAACGAAAGCAUUCAGCGAAACCGCAAUAAAUAACGUCAUUAAAUAGUCUAACAAGUGUUUUCGAAAUCAUUCAACCACAUUCCAGUUUGACGCAUUUUCGCUUGGGCGCUCAACAAACGAAGUAAUAAUUGUAUGAAAAAUCGUGUAACAGAUUAAAAAAAAAACAACAACAAAUCGUUCAUUAAUUGCAUUAAUAUUAACAUAAUCUACAUACGCAUACAGAAACAUGUUUGUCUUGUCUUACAAAUAACGGUGUCAGUUUAUAGUGUAUUAAAUAGAAAUUAGAGCAGAAAUUGCUGAGCAGCAAGCACGCAUAGGCGAGAGAAGAGUUUACACCCAUUGCAGUUCACCAUGGUACAGAUCACUGCCAUUACUAAUCAAUAAUUGCGCUAAUAUUAAACAGAAAAUCAACAAAAAAAAUUAUUAAAUUAAGUCUUCAUGGUAACCAAGCCCACACCGAAACCAAAAUAGAAAUAAAGAAUUGAAAGCAGCCAUCAAUAACCUUGAAAUAGAAAUUUACUGAAAAAAAACAUAUUGAAAUUUCAAAGAAAAUAAACUGGAUCAUUGGUAUUUUUAAGGCUAAGCGUCAAGAAUAAUCUACACUUGCAACAGCACAAAUUAGUUAUAUACAAACUUAUGGAAGCAGCAGCAGCAGCAUAAAACUCUUGGGUUGUAAUUGAAGUAAACAAAAAAGGAACUCCGAAAAAUAUAAAAUAAUUAACUAUAAUAGAAGUAAGUACUAAAAAUGCACACGAAAAAUAAGCAACUAAACUAAAAGUGGUGAAAAUCUACAAAGAAGAAAUCUAAUACUCGCCAUACAACUUAGGCAGCUACAAGCAGUACAAUAGUGCGCUAAAUAUAGCAAUAACGCGUGCAUUAUUUCAUACAGAGCUGAGACUCACCACUAAAGCACCGACGCUGCAUUGAGUAGUGAAAGCUUUCGACAAAGCGCUGCCACUAACUGCAAGAAAUCAACUGAGCGAAUCAACUCCGCAAAUGCGAAAAAAUGUUGUCGAUCGACGACGAAGACGAACACAAUCGCCGUAAUGUGAGUAGAAGCUGCAAAAAUGCAACACUGCAAAAGCUCAGCGUAAGCACACGAAGUGACAACACGAAGCACAACACCAGCAAUAGCAACAACAGCGGCAGCGGCAGCAGUAGUAGCAAUAGCAACAAACGCAAUAUCACUUAUUUACGUUUUUUACGCAAGACACGUAGAAAAAGCAACAAGCUCGGCUUGAAAGCAACCACGCCUACCACAAACACACGCAAAUGUCAAGCGCUAAGCGCAUAUUGGCAGCAGCUGCUGGGCGCGCCAAAGCGAAGCUGUCGGAUUGCCACACAUGUGGCUGCGCUUAGCUUUCAACGCAGUAAAAGCUUAGUGAACUUGCGUACAAGUGAAAGCUCUGCCACAAAAUGCACAAGCAAUACGUGUACAUGGAACAAUCAGUUGUGCUUUGAAAACGUCGAAAAUAGUUGUGAAAUGAAGCGAGUCUGCGACAUCGUGCGAAGCAAUAGUGAAACGAGCUUAAGCGGCAGGAGCUGCAGUACUUCGAAGCUUUCGACGAGUUGUUGUGGUGAAAGUGGCAAACCAAUGAAAGCUGAGCCAAAGCACAGCAGCAAUCGCAGCAGUGAAAAUUGUCACAAUGCCAGCAAUAAACGCAGCAGAUCCGAAUGGACUGACAUAAACAACAACAGUGAAAAUUGUCACAAUGCCAGCAAUAAACGCAGCAGAUCCGAAUGGACUGACAUAAACAACAACUAUAUAAUUAUAAGCAAUAAUCGGGCGUCAUUUGGCAGCUAUCUGCGAAGACCGCAAUCCAUUGAAAGACUGUGCACACGCAAAAAGCGGCGCUUGCGGCGGCGUCGAAAAAGAAAGGGAUGCCAACGUGCAGAAAACCAAAUUCAUUGUCUUGUUGCAACUAGCGAGCAACAACUAGAAAACGUAUUUUCAUCAACAACAGAGACAUUUAAUGCAACACAGGAAUCACAGGAGGCACAACCAGCAGCAAUAACGGAUGGCACAGCAAAGCUUGAGACACAUAUGUUGGCAGUCGCGCAGACACUUCCAAAAUUAAACGAUGCUCAUAAGCACCGCAAUAAAAGUUGUUGUAGCGGCCCAGCGCCCACUAUGCAACAACAAUCAAAAAGUGGUAAUAAAAGCGCAACAACAACAGCCAUGUGCUCCGCAGUGUCGUCAUCUUCAACAGCAACGUUCGCUGCAUCGCCUGCCAUACGCUUGUCGGCAUUCUACGCGGCCACCACGCUGCGCCUCUUCUUGACCACAUUGACAACGCUGAUCGCCAGCACCGCGCCCACAACAUUCACAGCCACAAAAUACUCAUGGAUAUUUUUAUGGAUAUACGUGAAUUUAACUGCUAGAGUUGGUCUAGCAGGAUAUCAUGAAAAGAGACUGCUACAUGAUCUAUUAGAUCCUUAUAAUACUCUAGAGCGUCCGGUUUUAAACGAGUCGGAUCCAUUACAAUUAAGCUUUGGUUUAACUUUAAUGCAAAUAAUCGAUGUGGAUGAGAAGAAUCAGCUGCUCGUCACGAAUGUUUGGCUGAAAUUGGAGUGGAAUGACAUGAAUCUCCGUUGGAAUACAUCCGAUUAUGGCGGCGUUAAAGAUUUACGCAUACCGCCGCAUCGGAUAUGGAAACCGGAUGUGCUGAUGUACAACAGCGCUGACGAGGGUUUCGAUGGCACAUAUCAAACGAAUGUGGUGGUGCGCAAUAACGGUUCGUGCCUGUAUGUGCCGCCGGGCAUAUUCAAGUCCACUUGCAAAAUCGACAUUACGUGGUUUCCGUUCGAUGAUCAGCGCUGCGAAAUGAAAUUCGGCAGUUGGACAUACGAUGGAUUUCAGCUGGACUUGCAAUUACAAGAUGAAACUGGCGGUGAUAUCAGCAGUUACGUGCUCAACGGCGAGUGGGAACUAUUGGGUGUUCCAGGCAAACGUAACGAGAUCUACUACAACUGCUGCCCCGAACCGUAUAUCGACAUCACAUUCGCGAUCAUCAUUCGUCGUCGCACGCUGUACUAUUUUUUUAAUCUGAUCAUACCGUGCGUACUGAUCGCAUCGAUGGCGCUGUUGGGUUUCACGCUGCCACCGGAUUCCGGAGAGAAACUAUCGUUGGGUGUUACCAUUCUGCUCUCGCUCACGGUCUUCCUCAACAUGGUGGCUGAAACAAUGCCCGCCACAUCCGAUGCCGUGCCACUGUUAGGUACAUAUUUCAAUUGCAUAAUGUUUAUGGUAGCUUCAUCCGUUGUGUCAACGAUUUUAAUAUUAAAUUAUCAUCAUCGAAAUGCUGAUACGCACGAAAUGUCCGAAUGGAUACGCAUCGUAUUUUUAUGUUGGCUGCCAUGGAUUCUGCGCAUGAGUCGUCCCGGUAGGCCACUGAUACUGGAAUUUCCCACAACACCGUGCUCGGACACAUCAUCGGAACGGAAGCAUCAGAUAUUGUCCGAUGUUGAACUGAAGGAGCGCUCCUCGAAAUCGCUGCUCGCCAACGUGCUCGACAUCGACGAUGAUUUCCGACACAACUGCCGCCCGAUGACGCCCGGCGGCACCUUACCGCACAAUCCCGCAUUCUAUCGCACCGUUUAUGGGCAAGGCGAUGAUGGCAGCAUCGGUCCGAUCGGUAGCACCCGCAUGCCGGAUGCCGUUACGCAUCACACGUGCAUCAAAUCAGCAACGGAAUAUGAACUAGGUUUAAUUUUGAAGGAAAUUCGCUUUAUAACCGAUCAGCUACGCAAAGAAGACGAGGAAAAUGACAUUGCCAAUGAUUGGAAAUUCGCAGCUAUGGUCGUUGACAGACUGUGCCUUAUCAUAUUCACAAUGUUCACAAUAUUAGCCACAAUAGCUGUACUACUAUCAGCACCACAUAUUAUUGUCUCGUAGCCAUAUGAGCGAGGUUAUUGUUAUUGGUUUUAUUAUAAAAUCAAUUUGUUAAUUAUUAAAUUAAUAACGAAAAUUUUUAAGUAAACUUUAAAAUUUAAAACCAAAAAAAAAACGUAAAAAUUUAAACACACAAACAAACAAACGGAAAAUAUCACAAAAACAACAACCAAAGACGCACAAAAAACACGCACGUAACUAAACAAAUAAAAACAAACAACAACAACAAUAUACACCGAUAAGCGAAUAAAAUGCAAUUUCUAUACAACAACAACAACAACAACUUAAUGUCACACAACAGAUAUACAAACACGAAUGUCGAAGCGAAAAUCAGUAUCUGCAAAGAAAACGCAAAAAAGGGAAAACUGUUGCGGAAACACAAAACAAACACAAUUAAACAAGCGAAACCCCAAACACACACACAUUUACAUAAACCUAAAAAAACACAAAAAAAUCUAAGAAACAAAAACGCUCACCUUCAACAAUCAAUCAAUCAAACACACAGACUUGCCAACACUAACACAAAUACACUGGCAAAAAAAUCGGAAAAUUUAAAUAAAAAAAUGUUUAAUCUCAGCAAAGUUUAAACAAACAAAAAAAAUCGUAAAAACAACAACUAAAAAGCAAAUAAAACACAAAUAUCGUAAAAAAUUUAAACCCAAUUUAUAAACCAAAAAAAGAACUUUAGUUAAAUUGUUAGUAUUUAAACAAAAAAUCUUUUUCUCUUCCUAAACAAAAACUUAGCGCGUAACUAGAUUUUUUAAUUAAAAAACUGAAAACACAAAACAAAACUUUAAGCUAAUUUCACCAUCUACAAAAAAAAAAAACAAAAACACUGCUAGGUUUAGAGUUAGUUGACAGUGGUGUAGAAAAUUUAGUAGCAAGAAUUUGAAUAUGAGGAAACUGUGAACCAAAACCCUAAUACAAGUUGAUAAGCAAUGAUGAUUUGAUUUACUUACCUUAUCAGUACACAAUUUAGUAAAAAAAUAUAUUUUCAUUAAAUUUUGAUUUCUUUAAAUCCCCGGAAUACAUUUGUAUAUGCAAGCUUUUUCACGUAAAACAAAGUAUGAAAGCUUGCACUAAAGCGGAUAUGUCUGAAAUAGAACACAGCUUUCACAAAAAGCGCUAUAAGUACUCAAGCAAAAAAUUCAAAGUGAAAGCUUGCCGAUUUUACAACAUUUGAGUAGCUUAACUUAAUUAUUUUUACCCAUACCUAUUUCUUGUUCAAUCUCCAUGUUCAACCAUACACUUUCCUAUAAAUAAAAACAUAAUAAAUGUGAAAAUAAUAUUUCUUAUAUAAAGUCCAAUAAUACUCGCAGACUUAAACAACCGAGGAGUUUUAAAGCAUGUAAUAAUCCUAGUACUGGCAUCUUAACUUUCAACGUCAAACUCUGAGUGAAAGCAAUGUGGACAAUUUGAGGCGAGAUUAAAUAAGCAUAAUCUGUAAACCACUUCGAGCAAACAAACAGCUUUUGUAUAUAGUACCAUAUAAAUAUACACUGAUCAUAUAGGUAUGUAUGUAUGCAGUGAGCAUAUGUAUGUUUAUUGACAAGCGUUCACCAUAAUUCACUAGCAAAUAGGAUGCAUAUUAAGAUUAAUUAUAUAUAGAUGCAUAUAAAUCAACUUCACAAUAGGAAUCAUUAUGGAAUUAGUGAAAUAUGAAAGGUGACAUAACCACUGCUCCAACCAUUUGCAUGACAACUGUACUCUAAUAGGCAUAUUUACAGGCAUAAUUGCAUACAACCACUUAAUUAAGCUAAACAGUAGCUGCAUAAGGCUCAUAAACGUACACAUUUCAAAGUCAGCAGAUUUUAUAAUAGCAGAAUUAAUCGAUGUCAUCGCAGUUAGAAGAAAACAGCAAAUCAUGUCAUUAGUUAGAAACUAAUACAAAAUUAUACAUUUUAUUUUUAAUUUUUAUUUCAAUUUAUUAUUUAUUGUGACAUUUCAUAAAGGUUUCCAUUAAACAAUUAAAAAAAAAAUAAACGCGUAUUGUAUGCAAAUUAUCGCACGCGUGAAAAUCUAAAAGUAAAAUAAAUAAACGAAGAGCAGACACAAGCAUUAAUAUGCAUAAAACUGUUAAAUAAAAAGCCGUUAAAACUGCCAAUUAUUCAUAAUAAACAAAAAGAAAACAACUAAUAACUCUAGCAUGUAACAAUUAAAAGAAUAUUUAUCGCAUGCGAUAUUUUGCAAAUCAAUUACGACAUAAAAAUGAUAAUUAAACCCUCUCCAAACACCAUUAAACAAGCGUACAAAACCAAUAUAAAUAACCCAAAAACUGGGAAAUUUUGCAAUGAAAACAAAAAUAAUGAAAAUGAAUGCGGGAAAAAUGUCAUGCGCGAAAAUUGCGUUCACAUAUAUUGAAGUAAGAUAACAACACCUCAUAAGGCUCAUAAAACAUACGACGCGUCACCAUAUGCGUAUGUGGUUUCGCUGGCGCGUGUGUGUGGACCCAAAUUAUGGGACCGCGAAGAGAAUUGAUAUAAAAGAACAGCAUGCACUGCAAGAAAUGGUUGCGAGCAAUAAUAUCUGCGUGUUGAUGACGGCAACAAUGUAUAUGAGAUGAAAUGCGUUAUGAUCGAGCGAUUUAUUGUUUGGCUACGGUUGGGUGCUGUAUAUACAUACCUAUAUAUUAUAGGUGUGUUUAUAAGCUACCAACUUGGCAUUGCAGGUGGGGGCACUUGACAAUACAUUUGUUUGGUUUAGGGCUACCGAUGUGAUUGAAACUUCCAAAUUUUAAGAUAUAGCAAAUUUUGUCGGUUUUUAGUGAGAGCAAUGAGAUUCAUAGACAGAUUAAUCAUUUAGUAUUUCAUUGAUAGAGUAAAUAGUUGAUUCAUCAAAAUCUUCUGUCAUAUAUCUAUUGAUUUAUUAUAAAAUUGAUCGAACUAUAUUUUUAACGCUUCAUGUAUGGUACAUUCCACAUAUAAACUUUCGAAUUCAUAUUAUUAUAAUAGAUUUGCUAUAGUCCUGCAAUAAUGCAUCGACAGCUCAAACUGUAACGUCCUGCACCUUCCAAAAAAUCAUUGAAUCUCAUGCGUGUCUUAAAAACAGCAAACUUUGCUUAUAAUAAAAUAGUUUAGGAACCGAACAAAAUAUCGCUCGUUCAUUUCAAAGUACAGCAAAUAAUAUAAAAAUAAAAUAUUGAGAGCUUCUACCAUACCUACGUUUAUGCUUUUACUUUUUUAUAUCGUUUAACAUAUAAUUCAUAUUAACACCAACGCAGCCAGCUACAAAAAAAAGCUUCAGUGAAAAUAUGUCACCAACUAUCGACAGCAGACAAACCACAAAACACAAGCAAAACCACUGACUGAAAGCUAACAGCUUUAGCUGCAAUGCAUUGUGCUACAGCUUUUUCGCUUUCACCUGUUGCCAUGGCAGCUUUUGUCACAAGCUCUGUCAACGCAUGAAAGCUUUAGAGCAACAGCUGGCAAAUGCAUUGCACUAAAGCUGUGACAUGAAUAAACGUUUUUGGCUUUAUUUUUUAAUAGUUCUUCUUUAGUUUAGUAUGGUUAUUCUGCUUCUAUUUGUAAAUCUUGUGCAAUAGAUACAAUCAGAAUUUGCUUUGAAUAUAAAACUAAUAGGCUAAAACAAAUGAAAUAAAACAAGAAAUGGAAAGGUCAUAAUUAAAUACAUAAAUGUGCAAAAUCACAACGUAAAUUUUUAACCAAAAACAUAUAAUAGUAGUAAAUGCAUUGAGAAAAAAAUAGAAGUAAUAGAAAUUCAUAAAUAGAAAUGUGCAAUAUCACACAUGAACAUCAUAAAUCACAACUAAAAUAAGUAAUUUCCUAAGAUAAGUAUACAUAGCAUAAAUAUUUUGAAGCUACCAAAAACCAAAAACCACAAGCCUCUCAAAGCAGGAAUACACUGAGAAAAAUUUGCUGACAAAUGGAAAAUCAAUCCUUACAAGCAUGCAUACCCACGAAGAUUGCAUUGGCAGUAGUAGUUAUCUAAAAAAAUAUACGAAAAUAUAGCAAAUAUUUCAUACAGACAUACAUACAUACAAGUAAUUGCAAUUUUAUACAAAUGUUGUUUGUAAAAUAUCAUCACUGAAUUCAUAGAUUUGUGCUCAAUGUAAUAUUUAUGGAAUUAAAGCAGUCAACUUCAAGUAUAAGCAACUUUCACGAUUUUUAUAAAACUUUUAUUUUCUAAAAUGUUUACUUUUUUUAAAUAAAUAUUACUCAACAAAUUUUAUAUUUAUAUUGCCAAAUGCACCUAUGCAUUUACAGCACGCGCAAGGGUACAGUGAAGUGCAAAAUUAUAUUCCCUAAAUGUGUAUAUACAUAUAUGUACUAAGUAUAUUUGUAUCUAUUUGUGAAAAUUUCUCAUGUAAAGUCGUUUCACUAAGUUUUUUUUUCGACACACUUUAAACUCUAUUUUAAUUUACUAAAUUUUCUUUUAGUUUAAAUCGUUUCUUUAGUUCGCACGGUCUACAAAUAGUUUGGUAGUUGCAAUAGUUAUUGAGGCUCUUGAGAAAAGUUAUGAAUCUUACCUUCGAAAUAUACCAGCUCAACUCGAAAUACUUUCUUAUUCUCUCAGUUUUUCUCAAUGUUCUCCUUCAUUUAAAGGCAUAUCAUUGCUCCUAGCUCUAUAUUCUCUCAGUUUUUCUCAAUGCUCUCCUGCAUCUAAUGGGCAUAUCACUGCUCCUAGCUCAGAACCACCGUUCUCCCAAGAAAAUUUUGUUCUAAAGUGAAAAAAAUUUGAAAAAUACUUCUUUCAUAAGACGCAGAUUACUAGAAAGCGCUUGAUGUAUUGUAAUCUUUAUGCGGUAUUUGCCAAACUGAAAAUGAAUUAUAGGAAGAUUAAAGUUUCAAACCAGUUCCUUGGAUGUCAAGACUUGAAAUUUCAAAUAUGAGAAAUAUACUGCAAAGCAGAGUAUCCAAUCAAUAUAAACAUUUGUCCGUACUGAGAUUAACUUCGGAUCUGUUUUAAAUGUUUUUUUUUUUUUAGAUUUUUAAGGCCUCUUAACGGGCUGUAUGAAUGUACACUUUGUUCUUUGAUCAAAGAUCUGAACUAUAUAAUAAUUUUAUAAUAAUAAUAAUUUACAAUUUAUAAUAAAUAAUUUUAUAGUUUCUAAAUGGCACUAAGGCCUCUUUUUAUACCGUCGAUUCCAAUUUUUUGAGCUGAGAUUCUCUAAUAUGCUUUCACAUGAAAUUAUAACGAUCGUAAGGUGUUUGGUAUUUUUUUUGAGGUAUGGCAAAUAUAGAGGGAUUGAUUUUUAAAGGUAUUUCUUAAUAAAUUUUUAUAAAUUUUUAGGUUAGUUUAACCAGUGUUCCUGAAGGCAAUUCUUGGUUUUUUUUUCAAAAUUCUUUCUUUAUUUUCUCUCUGAGAGUCUUUAACCAUUUCUAUUUACAUUCAUUGUUUAUUAUCAUACUUAAUAAUAUACAUAAGCAAAACAAUAUUUUCCAAACUGUACAAUUUCUUUCGAAAAACACAUGAUAAAUAUCAACAAUUUAUAAAGUUUUAUAUAUACAUAUAGUUAUAAUUAAUAAACGUAAAUAAAUUUAUAUUAUAAUAAGUAAUGGAUAAAAUUUCAACAAAUUAUAGGUAAAAAGUAUUACAUUUUAUACGAAAAAAAGCGAUUUGAGGGAAUAUGUAGUAGUGUAUGAAUGUAUUUGUUCGAUAUGAUUUAUUUGUGAAUUCCUAUGUUUCAAUUCGUUUAAGCAAAAAGUGUGAACAUAAAUUUUGCUUAAAAGGGUAUAAAGCCAGAAUUCUAAAUUUGUAUUAAAGAAAAUUAUUCGAGACAAUGGCGACCUCUGCGCGCUGCUCACAGCCACGAGGUAGCCAUGCAAAUGCGAAUGAAAAAUUAUAAACAAAAUGCUGCAAAUGCAAAAGUGGGUUUAAAAAAUCAACUUUAAAUAAAUUUAAAUAAAAAUCUAUUAAUGCAAGUAAAGCACAAACGCUGCCACACCAGAAAUAAUAAUAAUAUUAAUAUUAAUAACGGUAUAUUAAUGUAUGUAUGUACUAUACGAUGCGAUCCGGCGAAAAUAGAGUUUGGAUAAUUUUUUUAUUUUUUUAAGUAAACAACAGUAUAUAAACAAGAAUUAAAUUUAAUUUUUCUACGAACGAAAACAAAAAUCAUGAAACUUGAGGGUAAUUAAUAUAAUUUUAACGGUUAAAUGAAAUAGCAGUAACUUAGAGAACAGACAACCAGUCAGUGUAAUGAGAUAGCAAACCAAUAGCAUUUUUAUGGAACUAGACGUACUCGUACAUUUGUAACGGUAGUGGACGCAAUACAAAAUAAGUAACAACUAAGGUAAAUAUUAUAACUAGCAGAAUUUAGAAAAUGUUUGGAAUCCGUGUAGUAGGAAAUAGCAAGAACACAAAGUAUAUAGACAGUACAGUAAUCUGGCAUUGGGACCGAGCAACGCGAAAGAGCUUUUGAACACACACACACAAAUAAGAGAGUAUAAUUACCGAUUACAAUUGCAUAGCAUACGAAGUAAGCCGAGUUAAGUACACAGUGAACGAUACAGCAACUGACAGUGGGUGUAAAAAGUAAACGACACAACAGCAAAAGAGUGCAGCAAGUGUAUGAAAAUUUGAAAAUAUUGGGUGUCAUACCAGGACAGCAAGCAGCAAGUUUUUCAAAUCCCUUUUUUAAAUAAGCAGUAUAUAAAGAAAGUGAAAUUUUUCUCUAAAGCAUUAAGUAAACUUAGAAAUGCUGUAAAAAUAAUAAUAAAUAAUUAAUAAGCGAACUAGUUGCAUUUAACAAAUUUUAAAUAUUUAAAUUAAAUUCAAUUUUUAAUAAAUUAUAACUAUUUAUUAAAAACAAAAACAAAACAAAACCAAAAUACGGACAACAAUUUAAACAAAUACUCCUUUCUCUAUUUGAACCUUAAGCUAGACGCAUGAAAAAAUAAAAACAAAACAAAAAACCAAUAAAAACAAUAAGGAUUGAUUAACUAGAAUUUUAAUAAAUAUGAAAAUAAGUUUAAAUUAAAUUGAGAAUUAUGCCUUGCAUUGCAAGCAGAUUUAAACUAUGGCAUAUUAUGGUAAACUAAAAGUGUAAUACUGCAAGAUUUUCAAAGUCGUGCGCUGAUUUUUUAUGUCGUUAUUAGUAUUUAAUUGUAAUUAAAAAUUUAAUAAUAAAUAGUGGUAAACGCAAUUUAAUAAAUAAUUAAGCAUAAACCUUUACUGUAUGAAUGAUUGAGUGCAGCAGCAAGGCAGUAAGCAGAAUUAAACUAAAUUAAUUAAUGAGAAUAAAUAAAGAAAUAUAUAGACGUAGUCAUUUUGACUUUAAUUAGCAGUAAAUUAACUAAAAAUAAAUUGAAGAGAAAAUACAUGAAAAUAACAUAACAAAAAAUUGUACAUUUUUAAAAAACCGAAAAACUCAAAUAAAUACAUAAUUAGUUUAUUUCCAAAUAAACCACAAAAAAAACAAAAAGCAUAAUGAGCAAAAUUUGAAGAAGAGAAAGUAAUUAAGCAAAUGAAAAAAAAAUGAAUUAUUAUUAGUAAACUAAAUGAAUUGAAUUGCAAAUUUUUGAUGCUGAUUUAAUGACUAAUUUAAAUUUAGUAGUUAUGUACCAAACAAGACCUAAAUAACUGUAAUAUUUAAAAUGAAAACACACAAAAAUAUUAUCAGUACAAUAUUGAAUGCAGUUUAAGAAGCAAGGUCUUUGAAUUGAAUUUUUUGAAUUUAAAUAGUGUCGGCGAUCGCAGCGAAAACAUUCAAAUUGAGAAUAACGAAAAUAAAGAAUAAUAAAAAAUUUACAACGUUCGAGAUAUUUACUUUGACAGCAGUUUAAGCUUAAGGCAGGUUUAUUAAUAUAUUUGAGCAUCUUGAGCAUCGAAAGCAUGUGAAUACAGCUUUAAGAUGAGUACCAGAAGCAGCUUUCAAUCGAGCUUUUUACGAACUUAAAGCUCAAGAAGUCAUUUACCAGACUAGAAGAGACAACACAGUCUUCAAAUUGUAACGAAUGCAAAAAGAGGAAUGAACGAGGACAACGAACUGGUUUUGGCAAAUGUAAUGAGUUGACUAAAAUUUUGAGCAACGAAUUUGGAAGUUCGUGACAAUGAGGAGUGCCAAUAGCUUCAGGAUCAAGCGAAUGGUAACAGGUGCAUCGCCUUUGAGAAUUUGAGAAAUAUUCUCUAUUGAGGAAAUAUGUAUAUACUCGUAAUAUAUUUGUUCUGUUAAUUUUUUAUGCUCCAAAUAUAAUUUUAAACAAGUAUCGUUUUUGUAAAAAAUAUAUACACUGUAUAGUAAUUAAUACUAAUAUUUAGCUUUAAUUUUCAAAAAAAAAAAAAAACAAAUCAGAAAACAAAAACUAAGAAUCAGUAAAAUAAGUGGUGCAAUUUUAUAUUCAAAGUAGUAAAAUUUUCUGCCUUUAAUCGAAAAAAAUUUUAAAUUUUUACUAUGAAAAAAAUUAACAAAGAAAUUGUGCAAAGCAGACAAUUUUACGCCCAAAAAUUCUGAUGUCCGCUCAGUUUGUCAACGAACGCGUUUUAACUAAACUAAUCACUUGUAAUUUUCAUACACAGUUUCGACGUUGAACAAAUAUUGAAAGGUGCUCAUAAACACUUUUUUUAUAAAGUAAAAAAUAUUAUUGAAGUUAGCAAGCACACGAAAAUCCAGCAGAUGGCAUGAACACUCCCGAGGAAAGGUGAAUAAUUUACAAUGAAAAUUUUGUGUAUAAUGGUUUAUUUAAAGUUUCUCAACUAUAAUAUAUACAUAUAUAUUGGCAUAUAUUAUAUUUAACAUUUUUGUAAUUUCUCUAACACACAAACCGUACACCUAGCACUCAUUCAUUAAGGUAGACAAGGUAGACACAUUUUUUAAUUAUUUUAUAAAUAGAGAUAAGAAAAUGUUCCUAAGAAAUUACACAAUUGUUAUAUUUUAAUUUAAUACUUUUCCAAAAUUAUUUCAAUAUUUUUUUUAAUUUAUAACCUUAAACAUUAUAUUUAAACCUUACGUAGUAUAUUUGCAUGCAUUAAAGUUCCCAACUUAGCUCAUCUAA